UUGUUGAUUUAGACGAUGCCCAGCCCCUGAGGCAGACUGACCAGGCACAGGAGGGGUCUCUUUUCAAAAUUCACAUAGAGCAGCUGUGUGUGCCAGGGCCUUUGUCUCAUGUCCUCUCUGUCCUUUGCCAUUCCUGUUUCUACAGGACAGUUGGACUUCCUCAGAAGGAGCAGGAGAAAAUGACCAAGUUCCAGGAGACUGUGAUGUUCAAGGACGUGGCUGUGGUCUUCACAGAGGAGGAGCUGGCACUGCUGGACCCUUCCCAAAAGAUUCUGUACCAAGAUGUGACCCUGGAGAACCUCAGGAACCUGAUAUCUGUGGGACAGUGGAAUCAAAAUGAGAUAGAGACUGUUCACGAAGUUGCUUUAAGGUACCUUUUUCAUGAAGACCUUGUGUGCUGGCAAAUAUGGGACCAACUUCUGAGUAAGUUAAUCAGAAAUCAAGAUUUGGUAAUAAACCAGGGAAUCAAGGUUUUCGAUUUGCUGAAACAAGGUGAUUCCACCUGUCAGUUGUGUGCAGGAGAAUCUACUCAGGUUUCAGAAGGAGAGAUAAAUGUAAUAAAGCCUCAAGAGGAAGUUCAAAAUUUCAGUACUAUAACAAAGGAAGAGUUUCCCAUGAAGACCAUCCACAAUUGCCAGAACAAAGUGUAUUUGAGACGGUCACAGAAUGAUCUGAGUAGGUGGCAGGAGGGUGACGGCAGAUGUAAAGUGUUAGAGUGUGAGCACUGUGACAGGAGAAGGACCUCUGCUCUCCACAGUGAUGAUCAGGAAGUGAGGAAAAGUGAGACGCCUUAUAGCCACAAGAAUUGUCUGAAAGACUUUGGGAAGGAGUUGUUGCAGUAUAGUAUAAUCCACUCAGAAGAGCACACCUCUACUGAAAAUGCAAAAGGCAUCAACUUUAGCCCCAGUGUUGAAUUUCAUCAACAAUUGCACCUGGGAGCAGAAACUCAUAUACAUUGUGAGUUUGGGGAGAGUGACAGUUAUACCUUGGAGCUUUGCACUGUUCAAAGUGUUCACACAGAAGAGAAAUACAAAUGGAGUGAUGAGUGUGGUGAGGACGUGAGUCAGAGUUCAUAUCAGAAAACCGAUCAGCAAGUCCACAUGGGAGAGAAAACCUACAAGUGUGUUGAGUGUGGGAAGGGCUUCAGUGGGAGUUCACAAGUUCAAGUUCACCAGCGAUUGCACAAUGGAGAGAAACCCUACAAAUGUGCUGUGUGUAGGAAGAGUUUUAGUCAGUCAUCCAGUCUUGAAUCUCAUGAGCGACUCCAUAGUGGAAAGAAAAUCUACAAGUGUACUGAGUGUGGGGAGAUGUUCAGUCAGAAUUCAAAACUUCAAGUUCAUCAACGUGUCCACACUGGAGAGAAACCCUACAAAUGUGCUGUGUGUUUUAGGAGAUUCGCUCGGAGUUCAUAUCUGCAAGUUCAUCAGCGAGUGCAUACUGGAGAGAAACCCUACAAAUGUCCUGUGUGUGGGAAGAGCUUCAGUCGCAGCUCAAACCUUCAAGUUCAUAAGCGAAAUCACACUGGAGAGAAGCCCUACAAAUGUCCUGUGUGUGGGAAGAGCUUCAGUGAGAGAUCCUAUGUGCAAGUUCAUCAGCGAGUCCACACUGGAGAGAAACCCUACAAAUGUGGUGUUUGUGGGAAGAACUUCAGUCGGAGUUCAUAUUUGCAAGUUCAUCAGCGAGUUCACACUGGAGAGAAACCCUUCAGUUGUGCUGUGUGUGGGAAGAGCUUCAGUGAGAGUUCAAAACUUCAAGUUCAUCAGCGAGUUCACACUGGAGAGAAACCCUACAAAUGUACUCUGUGUGGGAAAAGCUUCAGUCAGAGGGCUGGACUUCAACUCCAUCAGCGGGUCCAUACUGCAGAGAAACCCUACAAAUGUGCUGUCUGUGGUAAGAGCUUCACUCACAAAUGCGGGCUUCAAAUUCAUCAACGAAUCCACACUGGAGAAAAACCCUAUAAUUGUGAUUUGUGUGGGAUGAGAUUUAUUCGUAUGUCCUAUCUUCAAGCUCAUCGGCGAGUGCACACUGGAGAGAAACCCUACAAAUGUACUCUGUGUGGGAAAAGCUUCAGUCAGAGGUCUGGACUUCAACUUCAUCAGCAACUGCAUACUGCAGAGAAACCCUACAAAUGUUCUGUGUGUGGUAAGAGCUUCACUCAGAAUUUCGGGUUUCAAAUUCAUCAGCGAAUCCACACCGGAGAAAAACCGUAUAAUUGCGAUUUGUGUGGGAUGAGAUUUAUUCGUAUGUCCUAUCUUCAAACUCAUCAGCGAGUUCACACUGGAGAGAAACCCUACAGAUGUGCUGUGUGUGGGAAGACCUUCAGUCGGAGUUCAGAUCUUAAAGUUCAUCAGCGAGUCCACACUGGAGAGAAACCUUACAGAUGUGCUCUGUGUGGGAAGAGCUUCAGUCGGAGUUCAGAUCUUAAAGUUCAUCAGCGAGUUCACACUGGAGAGAAACCCUACAAAUGUGCCCUGUGUGGGAAGACCUUCAGUCAUACCUCCAGUCUCCGAGGUCAUCAGCGAGUCCACACUUGAGAGAAACUGCAAAUGGGCUGUGUGUGGUAAGAGCUUCAGUUGGAUCUUAGGUCUUCAAGCUCAUCAGGAGUUCCACAUAUUGAAAAACCAUAUAAAUAUAGCAAAUCUGGAGCAAGGUUCAACCACAUUUCAAGUCUUGAAGCAGAUUGUAGAGUCCAUACUGCAGCACUGUACAAACAUUUUUUUUGUGGUAAGGGCUUUAGUAAGACUUUUACGUCUUCACCUUUAUCAGAGAGUAUAUGAUACUGGUAAGCUCAUCACACCUGAUAAGUGUGUAAUAAAAGUGUUCCCCAGAGCUUAGACUUCUACGUUUCAUGAGGAAAUCUACACAGCCAAGUGUCUAUAAAAUGUUGUGUGUAAAAAAUUCAUCAUGACUUCCGGCCAAGGUUGAGGUGUAGGUGGACACACUGUGCCUCCUUGUAUAACCAAAAUUAAGGACAACAAGAAUUUAGAAACA